AUGGAAAAGAGAAACUCUUCAACACUAACAGAGUUUAUCUUACAAGGUCUGCCUCAUUCAAAGGUUCUUACCAUUCCCCUAGUUUUGCUUUUUGUUUUUCUCUACAUUUUCACUCUGCUUGGGAAUAUUCUUCUUCUAUUGAUAGUUAAACCUACAUCUGCUCUACAUACGCCUAUGUAUUUUUUUCUUGCCAAUCUCUCCUUUUUGGACAUUUUUUUAUCUUCUGUCACAUUGCCUAAGCUGCUGGCCAGCCUUCUAUCAGUUAAGAACAUUCCCUUUAGUGGUUGUGUAUCCCAGUUGUAUUUCUUUCAUUUCUUGGCUAGCUCUGAGUGUUUUCUAUAUACAGUAAUGGCAUAUGAUCGAUACGUGGCUAUAUGCCACCCCUUCCUCUAUACCCAACACAUGAACUGGAAGUUAUACAUGGGCCUAGGCUUUGGUUCUUGGCUGACAGGCUCUGUACAUUCUAUGAUUCAUACAAUUUUAACUUUUAUUCUUCCUUUCUGUGGACCUAAUGAGAUAGAAUACUUCUUCUGUGAUAUUAUUCCUGUACUGAAGUUGGCCUGUGCAGAUACCACAAUCAACAAGUCAAUGACAUUGGUCAAUAUUGGAACCAUAGCUUUGAUCUGCUUCAUAAUAAUUCUGACAUCCUACAUUAAUAUAAUACUACAGGCUGUAAUGAAGAUAAAAACUGUGGAUGCAAAACGGAAGAUUUUCUCCACGUGUGGGUCACAUGCCACUGUAGUUUUACUAUUUUAUAUUCCUUGUGUUUUUAUUUAUAUGCGUCCUGAUACAGGAUCUUCAAAUGAUAGCACUUUGGCUAUAUUUUACACAGUCAUCACACCGUUCCUAAAUCCUAUAAUUUAUAGCCUAAGACAUAAAGAAGUAAAAGAAGCUUUUAAAAAAUUAAUUUGGAUUAAUACAUUUUAG